AUGUUUGACUACGUCAAGAUUCUGCUGCCAACUUUUUACGCCCAAUCGCCAACAUGGGAUAUGUCGGCAGAAGCACUAGCCGGCUACUCAUCUAUAAUGCUUGCUCAGGCCCAGGAAUGUAUUUUCAUAAAAGCCGAACAUGACGACAUGAAACCUACUGUUGUAUCCAAAUUGGCAAAUCAGGCUAGUUUGCUUUACAAUGAGGCAUUGACCGCUGUCUCCUUGGCUUCUUUACGACCUUAUUUGCCCAAAGAAUGGUCGAUUUUGCUGUCAAAUAAGGCCGCCAUGAUGGAAGUGUAUGCGGAGUACUAUGCCGCCUUUGCCGCUGAGGCCGAACAGUCGUUUGGUGAACAAAUAUCUCGCCUUAAUAAAACAUUGGCACUACUGAAGAAGAUUUCUCGUAGUGAAGGUAUGAAGGAUUUCUAUGCUAAGGUGGAGAGGACACGUGACCGCGCCAAGAAGGACAACGAUCUUAUUUAUCACGAGAUUAUCCCAGACCCCAAAACUCUUCCAUCAAUUGGAGUGGCCUCGGUUGCCAAAAAAAUUCCCGUUACAUUCCCACUGGCGGGCAAACCGCCCAAGGAGCUCUUUACUACCCUUGUGCCGAUUCCAGUGUAUAAUGCCACCCAGGUAGCUGACGGUGUGUGUCGUCAGAUGAUUUCUGUCGAGGUAGGGCGUUUAAGAGAGGCUACUGACACCUGCAAUGGGGUGAUGGCCUCUCUUAAUCUGCCUGCUGCAGUGCAGGAGAUCGAUGGGUCGGAGGAUGCUGUCUUCAAUCCCCUUUUCGAAAAGGCUGCUAUUAUCCGCCAAAAUGGAGGUGUUGCCGCCCUACGGGAGAAAAUUUCUUCUCUAGCUGAUGGAAACACUAGGAAUGCGGAGAUCGUUGAAGAUAUAUUCUCGACGAUAGAGGAAGAAGAGAAGACGGACAAUGAACUUCGAGAACAAUUUGGUGACAAGUGGAACCGUCAACAAUCUUCUAAACUGAAUAGCGGGUGGCGCGCUGAAAUUGCAAAGCACCGUCAGUUGUUGCAACAGGCUGGCCAAACCGACAAGGGACUAAAGGAGCGCUUUAGCGUCCAGGAAGCUUCCUUCGAUCAUUUCAGUGGCUCGGAGUCGGAGCUACGGGAGUACAUCACCUCCGAAAUGGAGAAACAGGGCUCAUCGACAGUUCUAGGAGGCAGUUCCUCAAAGAAAAAGGCUCUGUGUGCUCUCUGUAAUCAAGUCGAUACAAUGAAGAAGGAGCGAGUGGAUCUGCAAAAGCAGUUGGAACAAAUAAAGCUCCCUGAAAGCCUCACAAAGGAAUUCCUUAAAAUCUACCAGAAGGGUGGGACAAUCGACGCGCAAUCACUUGCUACCGAACACGUCAACAAAGCUCUUGAAAGUGCGCGCGAUUGCAUUCGGGAGAGUCUUGACAAACAGACGUCCAUGUUGAAGGACAUUCAGUCUCUUUACGAGUCCAUCUUUGGCAAAAAGAAGGAAGUUGCUAGUGCACUGACGACACUUUUAAUGGCUGCCGAGGCAUACGAUCAACUUUGUCAAGAUGUGGGACAGGGUAUUACCUUUUAUGCCGACCUGACUGGCAUACUCAUUAAAUUUCAGAAUAAGGUAAACGAUUACGUUUUUGCAAGGCGAACAGAGAAGAAAGAACUUAUGAAGGAUAUAUCUAAAGAAAUGAGUUCUGAAAGACCCUGUGGUGCACCUGCGCCAGGGACGCCUAAUAUGCCGAUGUACGGCAUGUAUGGUGGUUAUCCGAUGCCCAUGUACCCCAUGCCAGGGUUGCCAUCACAGACUCAGCAACCUCCGCAGUGA